AUGCACAAGACCACAAUCCACUACACCACGCCGCCAGUUGCUAGCCGAAGACUCCGAGCGCGGCCACAUAUAUAUGCGCGCUGGAAAAAUUUCGACGAGCUUUUCCUCGGCUGCCUGUGGGGUUUAGCAGAAUUUUAUUUUUGAUUCCGAGUACUCUCACCUAGGCCUAUCCACCCACAAAGUCUCAAUUCUCAACUCGUUGUCGUGCGGAGACCAUGCCCUAGUAAGAAUAACUGAUGAGAUAAACGCGAGGUCGGUGGCGGUACCUUGACGAGCUCGCAAACAUCUCGCUUUUUUCUAGGCGCGAUCUCGCAUUUCUCUCGGCGCGACCUCGCAUUUUUUUGGCGCCAUCUCGCAUUUAUCUCGCAUUUCGGAAAUUUUCAAGUUGUGAGAAAAAUGCGAGCUCGCGCCCAGAAAAAUGCGAGACCGGCGCGGGAAAAAAAGCGAGAUGUAUGCGAGCUCGUCUACCGCCAGUGUCUCGCGUUUAUCUCGGCAGUUAUUCUUAGUGUUGACUAUAGCCUUCUUCAAUCCUUUCCGACCUUGUCUAUGUUAAUAACCAUUUCAUGAAAAAAAUAAUUUCACUAGUUAAGUCCACGCAUUUUUAAGAUAGUGCUAUAUAAGGCGGCCGGUGGCCGGUCAAUAUUGCGCCAUCAGUUUCGGAGCCAGGAAAUUUUUAAAAUUUUUGUUCUUUUUUUUUCAUUUUUUUGCUCAAAAAUCCUUAUAAGGGCAAAAAUUAUUUUAUUGCUUCAACCGAAAGGAACGCGGCAAAAUUUUGACUUCCCGCUCAUUUAUUCUUUCCGUGCGUUUUUUGCUGAUUUUAACCCGCCUCUCGAAGCCUGCCGCAUUUUGUUUGUUGAUAUUUUCCCCUUGCUUUUUUUUUUCUAUUUUCCAUGAUUCUCAAAAAUUUCUUCUGUUAAAAAGUACGAGUCUUUUAUCUCAGGCCCAGCUUUUUUCGAACUUUAAAAAUUCCAUUCCCUUUUGGAUAACUCAGUCGGAACCAAAUCAAGAUUUGCAAUCCUCUUGGAACACUUAGCAAGUUUUUAGUUCACUCAGCAGUUAUUUCACAUUCUUCGUAUAUGAACUGCAGUAUUAACGCUUGGAGUCAUAAGAUAAAAAUAAUAGUCUUUUUUUUUUUAUCACGAUUCAGUUAUCAUAUUCUAUAUUUUUUUCUUAAUAUCUUCCUUAGUAAUAAAUUUCUUAUUCACGAGGUGAAAAGAAUAAAUUCGGUUAGGAACCGGUUUUAGGUCACCCUCACGAGUUACUUCACCGGAUAGGGUAUCUCUGAACGUUUUGAAUUUUUCCUCUCUUGAUUUCACAUGGCAUCUGAAAAUAUUUAACACACGUUCUCCGAGAAAAGCGAUGAACCUUUGGUACAAGAACUUCAAGUUUUGUUUUAAGAGUUGAAAUUAUUAUCACAGUUACUAGACAUAAUGUGCAAACUUUUAAGCUAGUUACUGUGAGGCUUCGCUCCCUCACUGGGGCUGCUCAACUAUCGUUCUAAUUCUUCUCAAAAGUAGUCAGAUAAUGUUUAUACGUUUAAAUACGUGUUUCGAAACGAAACUGAUAAAAAAAAGUGAACGAUAUGAGGGCUUUAUGACUCAUACAGAAAUUUGUUCUUCAUGUUCAGUGUUCCUCUUUUUCCUCAACUUCAUAUACAUUACUUUCAGAGUUACCGUUUUUGUUUCCGCCAAUGUGCAAGUUUCUGCUUUGUGUGCUCGCUAUUUUCGCGCCGGUGAGUAAGACGACAAUUACUUUUUUGAGUUAUUUGAAUUUUUUUUUGAUAAAAAAUAAUUUGAGUUUGAAUAAUUUUAGCCUCUCGCGGUUCUUUUCCAAGAGGGAUGUACAUGUAACCUGCUGAUCAACGUCCUUCUUACGUGCCUGGCGAUUAUUCCUGGGACAAUUCAUGCAUGGUAUCUUCUCUGUUGUGUUGAGGAGAGGCCGACUCACGUCUACAUUCAAACUGUGAGUUUUCAUAUAAAUCACAUAAGUUUUUGCGAGAAACAGAAGAUUUCUGCGUAUAGAAAUAAUUUUCCAAAAAAUUUAGCACACGACCACCACUGGUCAUGGUCCGGCUCCUCCUGCCUACAGCGCAGCAUGA